AUAGUAACUGUGUGAACUCUCGCGAUACUUGGUCAGUCCAAAGGUCUCCCCUAUGCUGAUGGUUGCCAGUCAAAACAGCGGAUUGAAAGUUGAAUUUGAAGACAUGAAGGUGUUUCUCUGAAGGCAGCAGACCCUGGUGAUGAUGGUGAUGAUGGUGAAAGGCAGUUGAGGAGGAGGAUGAAGAUGAGGAAGAUGAAGCUGAAGGUGAACCAGAAACAUCUGCAGCUUCUGUCCAAAGAUGAAACAUGUGGACACGUCCAGAAAGAAGGAACGCUCAGAGUGGGACGGGAGGUGAAAGGACGGACAGAUCUGAAUGAGCGUUUCUGUCGGCUCAGAGGGAACAUGCUCUUCGUCCUCAAGGAAGAGGGUGGUAAACCUGAGGAGGUGUUGGUAUUGGAGAGAAGUGAGGUGAUGAAGCUUCCUGGUGACGACACACGACUGGCUGUUACCUUUGAGAGCGGGGAUCCUCCUGUCUUCCUUCAGUGCAGAAGUCCUUCAGAGUGCGCCGCCUGGCUUUUCAUCCUGAAAAACGCAAACACCGAUUCUCUGAGGGGACGCAUCACACACCUGCGCACGCUCAUUAACACACACUCACAACCACAGCACUCACACGUGACUUCACACAGCCUUGGAGAUGCUGGAGCUUCAGGUGGAGCCAAAUCUGUGGCUAAAGUGUCCCCACUGCACCUGACACUCUGUGUUGUUGGCGGAACAGGAAGAGUCCAGGUCCAGGUGUGUGUGAUCGACACACACAUGCACAGUGUCAGGAAGCAGUGCUGCUGCAGGACGGAGGAGACGGAUGAGGGUGUGUUUCUAACCUCCGUGUGUUUCCGUGGUGACUAUCCUCUCUACCAUCACAGCCGGAUUAGAGUCACCGUUCACCACGAGGAGGAGCCACUGACACACACCGCAAGGAGCUUCCUGGGUUUCACCUCCUUCUCCAUCAGAGAUCUGCUCAAAUCCAAGGAGCCCCACAUCUCCCUCAGCCUCAGGACGAUGGAUGGAGUGAACGAGGUGGGGGAGGUGAAGGUGUCCUGUAUGCAGAUGGAGGGAGAGAAUGGAGAUCAAACUCCUCCUGAACACAAGUGUUCUGAGCUGUGCGACAGCCUCCACAGCUCCGUACACGACAAAGACAACAGCCCGACAAUGAGAGCCGUGCUGUGUGCUCAGGUGUGUAAGGUGUACAGGUUUCAGACGGAGGAUCAAAGAUGGCUGCUGGUCCGGGAACAGAUGUCUGAGACGCCGCUCUCUUUCUCUAUACCCAAGCAGCUACUGAGCGCGCUCAUACAGGAGCACACGAGCAGGGUCCAGGAAGUGAAGGAGCUCGGUGACCUCUCACCUCACUGGGACGGGCUCCGCCAUGAUGUGAUCAACCACUGUAACCACCUGAUUGGCUGUUAUCAGGAAACUCUCAGCGAGCUCGACAAACUCUCAGUUUCCUCCAGUUUCAAGUCGAGCAGCAGUAAAUCAGAGAAACACCUUCAGUUCGUUUCAACCAACCUGCACUCACAGAGGAUGGAGGUGACGGGUCCAGACAGCACAGGUGUUUGGUAUGAAGUCAUCACGUUCGGUGCUCCUGCCGACCACCACCAGUCCUUCAAACAUGGAGGUCUGAAGAAGCUUCUCAGCAAACACACAACCAGCACAGACAGCUCCGUCUCUUACUCUGAGGAUGAGAGCUCCAGAGCGAGGGACCUUCUGGCCAGCGUGGCCCAGCUGCAGCCUCUGGUCUUCGGGCUGGCCGAGGAGCUUCUCGCCGUGUCACAGGAGCAGAACGCCACCCGGCUGCAGCAGGUCCUGGACUGUCUGAUUCAGCAGACGGAGGUGUUUGUUCACGCUCUGAAAGACGAGCUGGUGAAAAGCGCCCUGUUAGUGAUACACAGCCAGUGUGCGGCGAACAGAAGCCACGUCCACAGCAACGGGCUGCUCUGUGACAACAGGUCAGACAGUCAGGAUGGAGAGACACCGCCAGGACACCAGGACAGCAUCCGGCAGGACGCAGAGUAUGACGAGGAAGAAUGGGACAUGGCGUGGGCGAAUGUUGCCAAGAGCCUCAACUGCAUCAUUGCCAUGUCGGACCGACUGCAGGGUCGGGAGGACCGACCACAGGACCAGACGCCAUCAGAGCAGCAAGAGGCCGCAGCAGGGGACACACACUCUCAGAACACCGUCUCCUCCUCCCUGUCUGCUGUGUCCUCCUGGCAGGAGCAGUUGCUCCCCCUCGUGGUCACUCUCAGGGAUUGCGUGCGGGAGGCGGUUUGCAAGGCGCGAGCUGCAAUGACUUUUGUGGUCCUGCAGGGGGCGGUGGCCUCCUCUGUCCAUCAGGGACCCCCACACAUCGUCCAGAGACGCCAUGCGGUCUUCAGUCAGACGCUCUCAGCGGUGGUGUGUGGCUUCAUGUUGAAGCUCUACGGCAACCUGGAGGAUCCAGAGUUCCUGCAGCAGCUGCUCUCUGUCGGAGUCCUGGUUCAGUUUGAAAGCCUGCUCAGCACCUACGGUGAUGAGGUGGGGAUGCUGGAGGACAUGGAGGUGGGCGUGGCGGACGUCGGCGGUGUUGCGUUCACUGUCACUGAGGCUAGAACAGAACAGCUGGACGAUCUGCUGCCGACACUGAGUGGAUCAUGGUAA